AUCGCGUCAAAAUUAGGCUUCGAUUUGCACAUCUCGAGAAAGCUCUUCACGCUAUUUUUCACUUCCUCAAUGAUCCGCGCGACGCUCGCACUGAAAAACAUCUGGCCGACCUCACUUUGCAUCAGGUUGUCGAGCAUAGGCUUGACCGCCUGCCAGGCGUUCUUGAAACCAUCUUGCUUGAAGAGUUCCAUUCCCGCAAGUUUCUCCAGCGCGUGGCUCAAUCCGUGCGGAACGGCCUGCACAGUAGUUUGGUUCGCCAACAAAAGCGACGAAUCGUUUGCACGACGAGAGGUUGAAGAAGUACUAGACCUUUUUUGCAGCAUGGAGGACGCGGAAGUUGUCGUCACGAGACCGUCGAUCGGCAACUUCGUGAAAACAUCGGACAUGGGAAUACCCUCGAUUGCCUCCCCCAGCGCGCUCCCCAUCAACGCGGACAGAAACCCGCGUAUGUCGUCCCACAUAUGACAGUGCACAGCUCCCCCUUUCUUGCAUGAACACCAACACAAACACCAGCACACGUGGAGCCUGUGCAUGACAAAUUCGAGCGCCUAGUGUAAGUAGUACUGUUUCGGCUUCCGGAAUCUGUCAUGCAAACAGUGCCGCAGGGAAGCACUUGGUUUGGAUUUCUUGCCCUCUUGCAUGACAAACGAGGGGGAGGGAGAGUUGUGCACUCUCAUAGCACACUUGAAUCAUCCAGUCCACCCACG